AUGUCUCAGGCCCUGAGCAGGGACGGCGCAGAGGACAUGGAGCCUGGAGCCGAGGCUGAUUCCCUCCCUCCCAGCCGAGGCAGCCAUAAGAUCGACUGCAUCAUCUGCUAUUCCUCCUACAACUUGUCCAGCAGACUCCCGCGCCGGCUCUACUGUGGCCACACCUUCUGCCAGGCCUGUAUCAAGCGCCUCGAUGCCAUAGCCAAUGAGCAGCGGUGGAUCCUCUGUCCACAGUGCCGCCAGAGCACGCCUACGCCCCACGGAGGCAUCACCAUGCUCGACCUGGACCUGGCAGUGUUCCUAGCGGUGAAGUCUGAGAAGGAGCAUCCCCAGGCGUCUGGCAGGCCCGAGGCUGACUCAGCUUUCAAAGCAUCCUCCAAAGAGAAGCCAGUCACACAGCAGCCUUUGGGGCUCUGUCAGGAGACAGUGCCCCAGCUGCAGUUCCCCCGAAGCAGCUGCUGUGGACGGUGCCUGUGUUGCGGGGCUAUGGCUGACUUUGAGACCUAA